UUUUCAUUACAACGUAUUGCUAUAUGGUGUGUACAUUGUUUUGCUGAAUAAUUGGCGUAAUGUGUACACAUGAGUAUGUUGUAUGCAUAACAUGCAGGUAAGAAUUCCAGCUGUACACUACCUCUGUGGAACUCAACCGCUGCUCCUCCAUCUACUUCAUUUUUUAGGGCAAACUGGGUGAAGGUUCAUGGAACCAAAUACCAGACACCAUGUGCAUUGGUUGUGGGACGAUCACAUGAAGAUGAUGAGCUACAAUUUGGACAUGUCGUAAAUGUGUUAGUGUACUCUAAGCAAGUUUUUUUUUUAGUUUGAGCUUAUGCAUGUGCAGUUUUGUGAACAUUACCAUGCCUAUGCAUUAUCACUCCCACCUCUUUCCUUGCGGGAGAAAUUUUUGAUUGAACACAGAACCUUGCCCACUUAUCACCCUUAUGGACUGUAUCAUUGUCACUUAUCAAAAAAUACAAUACACAGUUUUGAGGAGCAAUAUUAUACAUAUAAAGUUUACACAAAUGAUUACUGUCUACAUUUUAGCAUGCGGCUCUUUUUCUUGCUGCUUGAACCAUUUUUCCGCCAUGAGUGUCACCCUCAAUGAAAUUCCUCCAAAACUUUCUUACUCUACUUACAGCUUCUUCCUUCUUGAUCUUAAAACUGUUGUCGGUGAUGGAGAACUCUUUUUCAAGUCUUUCAACUUUAUCACGCAGACACCUGAUGGUGAUGUGGGACUUCCUUUUGUGGUCAUCAAUUUUACGAAAGUAUUCCUCUGUAGAAAGUUUUACUAUUUCUGCUCCAGG